AUGGCAUCGACUAACACCCCGUCGGGAUACAUCGGAAACCUCUCCACGGAGCAGGAGGCCAAAUUGCAGCAGCUCUGGACAAUACUCCUGAAGGCCUUGGAGGCCUCCGGCGUAGAAGGGCCACCGCAACGCAAGCAAUCCAUCUCGGGCACCGACGGCAAUGGUUCCGGCCGCGCCAGCACCGCUUCGACUCGUGCCGACUCAUCACAAUUGACCCAGAGCCUCCAAGAGACGGGGUUGGAUGCCACGCAAAUCAAGGCCAUCAGGCAAGCCUUGGCCAACAUGACCACCGACGAACUCCACCAAGGUUUCUUGACCAGCUUCAAGAAUGAGAAUCCCGACGUCCUGAUGCUCCGAUACCUCCGGGCCCGCAAGUGGGAUGUGUGCAACGCUUUCGCAAUGAUGGUGGCUGCAGUCGAAUGGCGAGUGAAAGAAAUGCGGGUAGAUGAGGUGCUGGUGAAUGGCGAGCUCCAUGCAUUGAAACAGGAACAGAACACGGCGAACCCAAGUGAGCAAAAGGAAGGUAGCAGCUUCCUGGCGCAGAGUCGCAUGGGCAAAUGCUUCCUUCACGGUGUGGACAAGGUCGGUCGGCCCAUUGUGGUGAUUCGAGUGCGCCUGCACAAGCCGGGGGAGCAAAGCGAAGAAGUACUGAAUCGGUACAUUGUCAAUGUGAUCGAAUCGGUCCGACUUCUGUUGCGGCAACCAGUGGAAACUGCUACGGUUGUUUUCGACAUGACAGGCUUUUCCCUCUCGAACAUGGAGUACCCGCCCGUGAAGUUCAUCAUCCGCUGUUUCGAAGCCAACUAUCCCGAAUGUCUCGGGGUCUUGCUAAUCCACAAUGCACCAUGGAUUUUCUCCGGUAUCUGGAAACUCAUCAAGGGAUGGAUGGACCCCGUCAUUGUUUCCAAGAUCCAGUUCACCAAGUCCGUCAAGGAUCUGGAAACUUACAUCCCACGAGAGAGAAUUUUCAAGGAGCUCGGUGGGCCGGAGGACUGGGAGUACAAGUACAUUGAGCCAGAGCAAAACGAGAACAAGAGGAUGGAUGACACCACCACACGGGAGGCUCUCGAGGACGAGCGACGGGAUAUUGUCAGAGAGCUCUUGACCACGACAUCGUCAUGGAUCACAGCCACUGCGACCAAGGACAACGAGCAGCUUAAGACUAGCAAGGCACGACGGGACGAGCUAGCAGAGCAACUGAGCGCCAACUACUGGAAACUGGAUCCAUAUGUGCGCGCUCGUAACUGCCUUGACCGCGCAGGUAUCAUCCCAGACAUUGGUUUUCAGCCGCAACAGGGAUUAAAGACGGAGAAGCAGUUGGAGGUAGAGCAACAUGAGACAGCUCCGGUCAAUGUUGUUAGUUAG